AUGGGGAAACGCUUUUCGGAAUCCGCUGCUAAGAAAGCAGCUGGUAUGGCAAGGAAAAGAGACCAAGCUCGUAUUAAGCAGAGAGAAGAAAUUGAAAAGCUAGAAGCAGAGGAGGCUUCUAAGUGGGAGCAAGGCUCGAAAAAAGAAAACUCUAGAAAACAAGAAGAAGAACAGAAAAAGCAAGAAAAAUUAAGGGCCAAGAAAGAGCGUGAAGCGUUAUUAGCUGCAGAGGAAGAAGAAUUGGGCAAGGGUGGCAAGGGCAAGAGAAAGACCAAGUAA